AUGGCCGCCCACGGCAAGCCCAAGCCCAAGCCGCCCGGUGCCCCCGCGCCGCCGCCGCCCCCACCACCGCCGCCGACGGCGGCAGAGGCGAAGAAGGGCUUCAUGCGCCGGAUGUUCCCCUUCCUCCUCGCCGUCAACGCCUUCGUCGGCGCCUACGUGCUCGUCAGGACCUACUACAAGGACUCCCCGGCCAAGACCGCCGACUCUGCUUCCGCCACUGCAACGGCGUCCACAUCGUCUGCCGCCGCCGCCGCCGAGUCCACUGACCCGCCGGUGGCAACGCCCGCCAAGGUGCUCCCGCCGAUCCCCGAGGACGAGCAGCGCCGGGUCUACAAGUGGAUGCUGGAGGAGAAGCGCAAGGUGAGGCCGCGCGACGCCGCCGAGAAGAAGAGGCUCGACGACGACAAGGCCCUGCUCAAGCAGAUCAUCCGCGCCGACACCCUCCCGGUGCUCUGA